GCUACUCUCACGUCAAGUGGUUUUAUUGCAACUGCAGAUGGUAGACUAUUCAAUGACUAAUAUGGCAGCAGACCUUCAAAGGGGCAGAAAGCAAAAGAAGGGCAUUUUCAAAAAGAGAGUAGAUUUAUUCAUUUAUUUACUCAAAAUAAUGGCAGAGAAGUUUUCACAGAAAAAAAUGCCCUCUAAUUAUAUGCCCGAUAUGUACGAUAAUAGCCCUCUUUUUGUAUAUUAAUAUUUUUUUAUGUUUCAGAUGUGUUGUGUAGAAGUCGUAGGCGUAAAGCCAAAUCGGACGACGGUAAGAUUGUAGGCGGUACUGAUACUAGUAUAGAACAGUAUCCUCAUAUGGCGUACUUGCUGUUGCUGAAAGGGAUACAGUAUUAUCAGUGUGGUGGAUCCAUUGUCAGCAGGUUUGCCAUAGUAACGGCAGCUCACUGUCUUACGGGCGUUACACGUGUAACUAUUAGGAUUGGUAGUACAGACUCUAACAGUGGAGGUACGACAUACGAGACUUCGUUAUACUCCAUACAUCCAAGAUAUAACAGUAUAACCAACAACUACGAUAUCGCAGUUAUAAGAGUCGCGUCUGGUAUGACUCUGAAUAGUAACACCACGAAGGCAAUACAAAUGGUUGAUUCGGGGAGUGAUGUGGAAGAUGGAGAUAAUGUAACAGCUACUGGAUGGGGCGCUACUAGUGAAGGAGGACCAACUACAUCACAGUUGAUGGUUGUGACGAUCCCCGCAAUCAAUAGAACUACAUGUCAGCAACUUAUUGGCAACGAAAUAACAACAAAAAUGUUCUGUGCCGGUCUACAAGAAGGGGGAAAGGAUACUUGUCAGGGUGAUUCUGGUGGCCCUGCUGUAGUGAACGGUCUGCUUGCUGGAGUGACCUCUUUUGGAUAUGGCUGUGCUCGUCCGAGUUCGCCUGGAGUUUACACGAGGAUUGGCGACGAUGCCAUUCGAUCGUUUAUUCGGACGAUUGCUAGAACCUAAUUUAAUUGUCUUCAAAUGAUUGCACAAUAUGUUUAACUUUUUGGGAUGGGUUUCUUUUAGUAAUGUAAUCAAUUUAAUUUAGGCACAGUUACGAUUAUACUUUUACAUUUUAUUUUCGUUUAUAAUAUAAGAAAUCUUGCUGUGUUAAAUAAACUGGUUCUCACUCUAAUAUACCUAAACAUUUUCCUCAAAAUAUUUACCGAAAUACGUUUUAAGCCUUUAAUUAUUAAGAACAUAUUUUAUAGUGCCAAGAAAACAUUAAUUGCUUUCAUAAUUCAAAUAUCCUCAACACUGAUGCAUUCCGAAACACCUUUGAUCCCUGAACAAUAACUUGCGCUUACAAUGAGCACGCCCAUUAGUGUUUUCAUGUAUUCAAAUGUACGGAGUCUUACGGAAUUAUCCCACGGGGCCAGUUAUACACAUUUACCUGUUCGUACGACGAGAUAUUACAGAAAUUAAACAUAACUUUGCUAUCCGGCGAAAGUUACGGGUCAAACGAGGAAAACAUUUCCGAGAGCAUGCGCUUGUAUUGUUAUUCGUGUUGUACUUCCAACUAAUUAAUACUUGGAUUUGAGAUCUAGUUUAAUAUUAAUAUUCUCGGAGAUGCUGACAUUUUUAUUGUUUCGAACUAGCUAUGUGACUUCGUUAGAAAAGUGACUUUGGUCAGAUAUUUUUUUAAUAAUUUAUUUUAUCUAUGAAACUAUAUACAAUGGCGGUUUUAAUGCCUGAAUAAAUCUUUUUUUAGAAAACAAAUCUAAGUUAUUAUCUAAGUUGGCAUAACUUUUUUCUUUAUGAAUGAGUUGACAUGUAACAAAAUGUAUACAUCGAAGAACCACAACCGAUUCAAAGCAGCCGUUACUAAGUUAAUCACCCACAAACGCACUGAUUUCAUUUUCUCGAUAUCUUUUGCAAGAAAGAAAGCGUUCUUAAAAAAAAUAGUUUACAGAUUUUGUUAUAUGUAUAGAUUCUGAUUGCUGUUAUAACGGCAAUUAUACUACAUUUUUUGAGCAAUAUUCAGCAGACUUGCUCAAUGGGGGUUUUUAGUUCAAAAUUCAAAUAUUUGGAUUCUACAUUUCCUCACGACUUUUCAUUUCUACUUUUAUCAGCGAUUUUCUGAAAUAUAUUUGAAAAGGUAACAAUGUUACUAACCUGCUUUGAUUGAAAUCAUUUUUUUCUUGCUGAAUGGAAUAUAAAUUCUCUUCUAUUUUGAUUAAAUCACUAAUUACAUUAUAAACGAAAAAUCUAAAAACAAAAAUCCAUUAAUUCUUGUUAUUAUUCUCUUAGGUUAAAAGUACGUAAUUCAAAGCAUAAUUACGUGCCCACUUUGAAAUAUUUCUUUUCUUUCCACUUUUCUUUACCGGUCCCGUAAUUAGCUCGAACGUAACAAAAGUACCUUAUAUCUUUUGAAAAGAAAAAAAUCUUUUCUUAAAUUCAGCAAUGGACGGACGCAAUCAAAAUCCCUAAUGAUUACAGGACAUCAUUUAGUUAUUCAACGAAAUAGGAGCAUGUUCUCGAGAAAAAAUGGUGGAUUAAUAACUGAAUUUUCAGCAAAUUUACAAUGUUAUUAUACAAAUUGCAAUUGCUUUCAUUUGUUAUAUUACGGCAACCAGGUUUGAUCAUGGAUGACCUUUAGUGAAAGUUAGAUCAAGAUGUCAAUAAAAAACAUAUUGCACGGGAAUAUUAUAUAUUACAUCGCAAGGCUUUUUUAUUCUAGACCUACCUGCAGAACGGCGUUCAGUACCUAAAUAUUCGUGGCUGUCAGCUGAAAGUUCGAGGAAGGCGAAAUAGGAGCCGAGAUCUCAUUAUCUAAGUUGCAUAAUUUCUGCUACAGAACGCCGAAUUAAUGGCCUCAGCGUUCCCCUAAUGCCAGCAAAUUAUUUGAAGGUACAAUCCCCGACGUUAAUUGAAAGUUUACCUUACGAACUAUUAGAGUACUAGGGUUUAAUAUUAAGCAGAUUUUUAAUGUAAUUGCUGCUUUAAUUCGAGGUAUAUUGUUAAAUUAUGUUGUAUUUGAUAUUGGGUAGGUAAGGCAACCAAAAAAUCAA